CUCUCCAGAUUAUCUUGAUGCUCGGCGCGUCGUGGCCUGGAGCGGAGGGGCUCACGUUCCCACAGCAGUACACGAUAAUGCACUGGGCCCGGCGUAUCGAGCAGGAGAUUGACAGAGUCUUUCAGCACAUCACUGGAGCGCAGCAGUUGAAAGGGAUAUACAAUGAGGAGAGACGACGGUUUAGUCUGGUGAAGAAUCAGCCGCGCAAGAUUGUGGAGAAGGUGGCCUUGGAUAUCGAGAAGCUGCUGGCUAAGAAGCGCAAAGCUCUCGACAGGUUAGCCAGCGAAGCAGAGCGACUCCAACGAGAGCAUCUGUGGCAAGAUGGAAUCAAGGAGCUGGACAUGGCUUACUAUGACUCCAAGGCAGACCUGGGUUAUUACCCCGAGGACGGGGAGGGAGAGGUGGAGAACUCCUCUCGCAUCAAGCUGGAGUUUGUGUACGAUCCAAACUUCAAGAACAAUGUCAACUAUUCCUACACGGCUGUUCAGAUUCCCACUGAUAUUUACAAAGGAGCUCCAGUCAUUCUGAAUGAGCUGAACUGGACUCAAGCGCUGGAGAAAGUGUUCAUGGAGAACAGUCGAGAGGAUCCGUCUCUGCUGUGGCAGGCGUUUGGGAGUGCGACGGGAGUCACUCGCUACUAUCCAGCAACACCGUGGAAAGUCCCCGAUAAAAUUGAUCUGUAUGAUGUCAGGAGGAGGCCCUGGUACAUUCAGGGCGCCUCAUCCCCCAAAGAUAUGGUCAUCCUCGUCGACGUGAGCGGCAGUGUCAGCGGACUCACCCUGAAGCUGAUCAAAGCGUCGGUGAUGGAAAUGCUGGACACUCUGUCUGACGACGACUACGUCAACGUGGCCCGGUUCAACGAGAAGGCCGAGGCCGUGGUUCCUUGCUUCAAACAUCUGGUCCAGGCCAACGUGCGCAACAAGAAGAUCUUCAAGGAUGCAGUGCAGCAGAUGCAGGCCAAAGGCACCACCGACUACAAGUCUGGCUUUCAUUUCGCCUUCAAUCAGCUGUUAAACACAAACGUCCCCCGGGCGAACUGCAAUAAAAUAAUCAUGCUGUUCACCGACGGAGGCGAGGACAGAGCUCAGGAUGUCUUCAUGCAAUACAACUGGCCCAACAAAACGGUUCGAGUAUUUACCUUUUCUGUAGGUCAACACAACUACGAUGUCACACCUUUGCAGUGGAUCGCCUGCACGAAUAAGGGUUACUAUUUUGAGAUCCGUUCCAUCUGUGCUAUAAGGAUUAACACCCAGGAGUACCUCGACGUGCUGGGACGCCCCAUGGUUCUGACAGGCAGCGAUGCCAAGCAGGUUCAGUGGACCAAUGUGUACCAGGAUGCUUUGGGUCUUGGCAUGGUCGUCACCGGGACGCUGCCUGUGUUCAAUCUCACCAUGGAUGGAAACUCACAGGUAACUACACGGAAUCAGUUGAUAUUAGGUGUCAUGGGAGUCGACGUGCAUCUGGAUGAGAUAAAGCGACUCACACCCCGCUACAAUCUCGGAGCCAACGGGUACAUAUUCGCCAUCGAUCCGAACGGAUACCUGCUGCUUCAUCCCAAUCUUCAGCCAAAGCUUGUGAACCUUCCUGAACCCGUGACGCUGGACUUUCUGGAUGCAGAGGUGGAGGACAGCAACAAAGAGGAGAUUCGCCGCCAGAUGAUUGACGGGAGACCAGGUGAAAUGCAGGUUAAGACUCUUAUCAAGUCCAUAGACGAGUCAUACAUUGAUGAGGUGUUCAGGGGUUACACAUGGACUCCCAUCAAUGGCACAGAUUACAGUCUGGGCCUGGUAUUACCUCCCUACAACGAGUACUACAUCCAGGCAGACCUGAGUGAUGUGAUGCUGCAGCUCCAGUAUAUGCAGUCGCUGCUGCCCAGUUCCUUUGAAUCAUCGGGACACGUGUUUCUGGCUCCAAGGGAAUAUUGCAAGCGCCUGCAGCUUUCUGACAACAACACACAGUUUUUGCAGAACUUUCUGUCCCUCAUGCUGGACAUCUCUCCAGAAUCUGAUGAGUGUGAUCAAGGCCUCAUCCACAACCUGAUUUUGGAUUCUCGGAUUAUCGGGCAGCUCGCCUCUCGUGUAUGGAAGAACAAGGACCUGAAUUCGUACGGCUUCCUGGCUGUGUUUGCAUCCACAGAUGGAGGAAUAACGCGAGUUUUUCCCAACAUAGCUGCAGAGUUGUGGGAUGAAGAUCCUGAACCGUUCAAUUCGAAUUUCUACAGACGGAGCCUCGACAACAGAGGCUACAUGUUCAGGCCUCCGCUUAGAUCCACUCUGGACGACCCCGUGGGAGCAGAAAACGGCACCGUCGGUAUUCUGGUCAGCUCAGCUGUGGAGGUUAACUUAGGAGGCAAACUGCUCAAACCUGCAGUGGUUGGAGUGAAGCUGGACCUGGAGGCCUGGGUGGACAAGUUCAAAAUCCUGGCCAGCAACGUGUCAGACAGCCGACAGGGUUCACACAAGUGUGGACCGUCCAGAAGCUGUGAGAUGGACUGUGAAGUCAACACAGAUGACCUCCUCUGCUAUCUCAUCGACGACGGUGGGUUCCUGGUUAUGUCCAAUCAGAGAGAUCACUGGAAGAAGAUCGGUCUUUUCUUCGGCGACGUGGACCCCUACCUGAUGCACGCUCUCUACAACAACUCCAUCUUCUCUCGGCGACAGUCUUUCCAAUACCAGUCUGCAUGUGAGCCGGUCAGCAGCAGCCACACCGGAGCAGCACCCAGAGGCAUCUUCGUGCCGUCCGUCGCUGACAUGUUGAACGUGGCCUGGUGGACGUCCACGGUGGCGUGGUCUGUGAUGCAGCAGCUUCUGUAUGGCCUGGCCUCCAACAGCUGGCUCUACCAAGGUGACGUCCUAGUUGAAGGUUUUGAGACAAAAGAAAGCAGCUGCGUGAACAUCCAGAGCCAGUUUUACUUCACAAACACCACAAACUCCUACAACGUGCUGCAGGACUGUGGAAACUGCUCGCGGCUGUUCCACGCCAAGCGGAUAGAAAACACCAACCUGCUCUUUGUGGUCGCCGAGACGCUGCCCUGCAGCUCCUGUGAGAUAGAGAGACUGACCCAGCGUGCAGUUCAGGAGGAAAAUCCAUGUGAAGUACUGAGCAAUGCACGGUAUCGUAAAGGCCCGACGUCCUGCUUUGACUACAGUGCCUUAGAAAACACGUCAGAGUGUGGACGGGGUCAUUCUCUGCAGUCCUCUAUAGGAGUCCUUCUCUUCAUUCAGCUCCUUCUGCCUCUCUUUCAUCUCUUACAGACGCUCUGACAUUUUUCAUCUCUUUGGGUUUAGGCUCGGAUCUACUGAAGGUCAGAU